GGGGUCAAGUUCGUGGGAACUGCCAAUCAGGCGCGCUGCCGGGAGGAGGGUGGAGCUUUCUCCACCCCUCUGAGCUCCUGCUCCCGGCACUGUAGCUGAGAGACGCCCUGGCAGUUCAGUGGCAGGCUCUGUCACACUGAGUCGUAUGCUGGUAUCGGGGAGCCUUGGGGAGAACCCGGGACACCGCGGAAGCCGGGAAAUGGAUUCAGUUGCCUUUGAGGAUGUGGCUGUGAACUUCACCCGGGAAGAGUGGGCUUUGCUGGGUCCAUCACAGAAGACUCUGUACAGAGAUGUGAUGUGGGAAACCAUUAGGAACCUGGACUGUAUAGGAAUGAAAUGGGAAGACACAGACGUUGAAGAUCAGCACAAAAAUCCCAGGAGGAGCCUAAGAUGUCUUAUCGUAGAGAGAUUCAGUGAAAGUAACCAGAUUCCAGGUAGUACUGUGAAUGAAAAAACUCGUGGAGUAGAUCCCUGUGAAAGCAGUGUGCAUGGAGAAGUCAUCAUGGGUUGUUCAUUCCUUAAUUGCUACAUCACACUUGAUGCUGGACACAAACCAGAUGAGUGUCAGGAAUAUGGAGAAAAGCCACAUACACAUAAACAAUGUGGGACAACCUUCAAUUAUCACCACUCUUUUCAAACACAGGAAAGACCUCACACUGGAAAGAAACGCUAUGAUUGUAAGGAAUGUGGGAAAACCUUCAGUUCUUCGGGAAACCUUCGAAGACACAUAAUAGUACAACGUGGAGGUGGACCUUAUAUAUGUAAGUUGUGUGGGAAAGCCUUUUUUUGGCCUAGUUUAUUUCGUAUACAUGAAAGAACUCACACUGGAGAGAAACCGUGUGAAUGUAAGCAGUGUUUUAAAGCCUUCCCUAUUUACAGUUCCUAUCUAAGACAUGAAAGAACACACACUGGGGAGAAACCAUAUGAAUGCAAGCACUGUUCUAAAGCCUUCCCUGAUUACAGUUCCUAUGUAAGACAUGAAAGAACUCACACUGGAGAAAAACCCUAUAAGUGUAAACAAUGUGGAAGAGCCUUCAGUGUUUCCAGUUCCCUUCGAAUACAUGAAAGAACUCACACUGGAGAGAAACCCUAUGAAUGUCAGCAAUGUGGGAAAGCAUUUCAUCAUCUGGGAAGCUUUCAAAGACACAUGAUAAGGCACACUGGAGAUGGACCUCAUAAAUGUAAGAUAUGUGGGAGAGGCUUUGAUUGUCCUAGUUCACUGCAAAGUCAUGAAAGAACUCACACUGGAGAGAAACUGUAUGAAUGCAAGCAGUGUGGAAAAGCGUUAUCUCAUCGCUCAAGCUUUCGAAGUCACAUGAUAAUGCACACUGGAGAUGGACCUCAUAAAUGCAAGGUAUGUGGGAAAGCCUUUGUUUAUCCCAGUGUAUUUCAAAGACAUGAAAGGACUCAUACUGGUGAGAAACCCUAUGAAUGUAAGGAAUGUGGUAAAGCCUUCCGUAUUUCUAGUUCCCUUCGAAGGCAUGAAACAACUCAUACUGGAGAGAAACCCUAUAAAUGUAAAUGUGGGAAGGCCUUUAUUGAUUUCUAUUCCUUUCAAAAUCACAAAACAACUCACACUGGAGAGAAGCCAUAUGAGUGUAAGGAAUGUGGGAAAGCGUUCAGUUGUUUCACAUACCUUUCUCAACAUAAAAGGAUCCACACAGCUGAAAAACCUUAUGAGUGUAAAACAUGUAAGAAAGCCUUCAGUCAUUUUGGUAACUUAAAAGUCCAUGAAAGGAUUCACUCUGGAGAGAAACCGUAUGAAUGUAAGGAAUGCAGCAAAGCAUUCUCUUGGCUCACUUGCCUUCUACGACAUGAAAGAAUUCACACUGGAAAGAAAUCUUAUGAAUGUCAACAAUGUGGUAAAGCUUUCACUCGUUCCCGUUUCCUUCGAGGACAUGAAAGGAUUCACACUGGAGAGAAGAUGCAUGAAUGUAAGGAAUGUGGGAAAACACUGAGUUCUCUCAGUUCCUUGCAUAGACAUAAAAGGACUCACUGGAAAAGAACUCACACUGGAGAGAAACCCUAUACAUGUAAACAAUGUGGGAAAGCCUUCAGUGUUUCCAGUUCCCUUCGAAGACAUGAAACCACUCACAGUGCAGAGAAACCCUAUGAGUGUAAGCAAUGCGGGAAAGCAUUUCAUCAUCUUGGAAGCUUUCAAAUACACAUGAAAAGGCACACUGGAGAUCGACCACAUAAAUGUAAGAUAUGUGGGAAAGGCUUUGAUCGUCCCAGUUUAGUUCGAUAUCAUGAACGAAUUCACACUGGAGAGAAACCCUAUGAAUGCAAGCAGUGUGGGAAAGCGUUAUCUCAUAGCUCAAGCUUUCGAAGACACAUGAUAAUGCACACUGGAGGUGGACCUCAUAAAUGCAAGGUAUGUGGGAAAGCCUUUGUUUAUCCCAGUGUAUGUCAAAGACACGAAAAGUCUCACACAGGAGAGAAACCCUAUGAAUGCAAGCAGUGUGGGAAAGCAUUAUCUCAUAGCUCAAGCUUUCGAAGACAUAUGGUAAUGCAUACGGGAGAUGGGCCGAAUAAAUGCAAGGUAUGUGGGAAAGCCUUUGUUUAUCCCAGUGUAUGUCAAAGACAUGAAAAGACUCACUGGAGAGAAACAAUAUGAAUGUAAACAAUGAUAAAGUCUUCUAUAUUUCCAGUUCCCUUUGACAUCAUGAAUAAACUUACACUGGACAGAAACCCUAUAAAUGUAAAUGUG